UGGAAAAACACCCCGCCUUUAGUGUUUGGACCCUCGUCUUUAGGGAAGGGAGGGGGGGCGUGUUAGGAGCUCCUACUUCUAACCGUUACACAACGACGUCUGCACGUAAUGUCCCAUCUGAACCUGCAGCUCUGUCUGGGCUUCACUGCGUGUUACUAAAUCAGUCUCCCUCUUAAUCCUUUAACUCGACAACUUGUUCAGUCCUAGAUGGACAAGAAGUGAACAAGAAAUCUUGUCGACGUACCUGCAGAGAAGCAGACCACCACGGAGAAGAGGGCCUGGUGGAAAAGGGGAACCAUCGAGCUGGAGUAAAUGUUCUGCCGACCACAGUGAUGGCAGCUCCCUUCCUCAGACUUGGGCGCCUGAGUGAGCAGCGCCUGCGUAUGGAAAGCUCAUUUGGCACUUUAAGAGGAACGCCAAAUGUGGUGAACUUCAAUACCAAAGCUGGAAAUCCAAAGAAACCAAUCAGAUACACAAGUAUAAAGAAGGCAAAGCCCAAAACAAUAAUCGAUAUUGGCAAACUAUUACUGCAAAGGGCCAAUGACGCUACAGUGAAUAAACAGUCAGUAAUUGCAGAUGCUGCUUUGAAAGCAGCCACACAGACAGCAAAGCUUGCUGCUUUGAGUGAUUUGAGUGCUGCAGAUGCUUCUACGCAAAAAGCUCCCUCUGCUCCAAGUUCUUCAGCUGCUGAAUCAGUGACUCUUGUUGCUGCAGGGUUUGUGGAUGCAACAUCUAAGACUUCAGAUGCUUUAAAACCACCAGUCCUGUCUAGCCCUUCUGUCAAAGGGGAACCUACAGCCACCAAGAAAAUCCCUCCUGAAGAAUCUGGCUCUUUGGGAUUAUCUCCACCAUUUGGCACAUCAUUCAAAGCUACCAGAGGGGAAAUGGAAGAAAGUCCUCAAAAAACUGCCCACAAAAACACAGGUACCUUUACAGCACCACCUGAAGCUGUUUCUGAUGCUGACCCCAUAGAUGUUACAUACUCUGAGGAUGUUGAUCCAGUCAGUGAUUUCAAUGACAUAGAGGUUGCAUCCAAAGAGCCUUCAGUUGGGGUCCUUUCAAACACGGACACGGUGACUGCUGAAAUUGUUGGCUCUCAGUCUAUCAGUGCAGCAGACAUCCAUGCCACCCCUGAGGUGUUGAUUCCAGAAAUUUCCCCUGCAGGAUAUAGUUCUACCAAAGCCACUCCAACUGCUGAAGGUGUAGAAAUCAUUCAUGCCCUGGAUGAUGCGACAUCUCCACUUUCACUUUCUUCUGAACAUGUCCCAUCAAAAGUAGAAGUUACCCAAACACAGAUGCAAGAUGUUAGACCACUGACUUCUGCGACUCCUGCUGAUCUUGCCUGCUAUGCAUCUUCCUCAAAGAUAAUUUCUGAAGAAAUUGCUCCUGAAAUUACUCCCGAGGCAAAAGUUUCACCUCAUGCUGUACUAGAGCAUGCAAUGACAGAACAUGGGGUAGACUUUGACUCUGCAAAAGCGGUGUCCCCUGACUCCAUUUCAAGAGUCAUACCUGUAGGAAGGGCACAUCAGCAUAACACUGCUGAAAUCCCUGGGGAUUCCUCAAGUCGGGCUGAAGAGAGAGUUGCCAUGGCAGGCAGGGUUCUGAACCUCACACCAGAGACGGUUUUUGAAGCUUCAGUGGCCCAGAGCCCUGAACCAGUGAAGGGAGAAUUUGCAGAAGAUGGACUAAAGACAGAAGGAGAGGAGGCAGUCAAGGAGUCUUUAGAGGCAAAACUGGACCCAGUAAAGAGACUGUUCCUAGAUAAGAUCCGUGAAUACUCCACCAAGAGCAAGGCCUGCAAUGGGCUGGUUGAUGCUGGCCCAGAGUAUGAGAGAGGCUUUUCAGAGGAACUGACUAAGCUUCAAAGACUUUAUGGUAAUGGGGACCUCACAGCAUUUCCAGAGUUUAAGUUCCCAGAGCCUGUGCUGGAUGAAAUCAGCUCCAAAUAAAUAACAGCUGCUCACAGCUUUCCAAA